UGUUUGAUUCUCUGCAACCCAGAAAAGAAAAUGGCAGCAGGAAAAGAAGAAAAGAAGAAAGAAGGGGUUGAAGAGAUCACUGCAAUUUACAAAGUUAAUCUUCAUUGCAAGGAAUGUGGAAACAAGAUCAAGAAACAUCUCAUGAUCACCCAAGGGGUGCAAAAUGUGGAAAUAGAAAUUGAGAAAGGAGAAGUUAGAGCAAAAGGGAAAAUAGAGCCUUUGAAAAUCUUGAAACUUAUAGAGAAGAAAACCAAGAAAAAGGUUGAAUUAAUAUCACCAAAACUCAAACCUAAGGAGAUCACUACUAUGGAAAAAAAGCCUAAGGAAAUCAAAGAACCAAUCAUCCGCAUCAUCUCGGUGAAAGUUCACAUGCAUUGUGACAAAUGUGAAGCUGACCUAAAAAGGAGAUUAAUAAAGCACAAAGGUAUUUUCGAUGUGAAAACGGAUCAGAAAGCACAGAAUGUAACAGUGGAAGGCACCAUUGAAGUGGAGAAACUGAAAUCUUUUUUGAGAAAGAGGGUUCACAAGAAUGUGGAGAUUGUUUCUGUAAAGGAAGUGAAAAAGGAAGAAAAGAAGGGCAAAGAGAAGGAUCAUGGUGAAUCAACCAAGAAAAAAGAUGAAGAUAAUACUAAAAAAUCUGGUGAAUCAACGAAGGAAAAAGGUGGUGAAACAACAAAAAUAAUAGAAACUCGUGAAGGGCACCCAAAAGAGGAAGUGAAGGUUAAGGAUAAUGUUCCUUACAUCAUUCACUAUGUCUACGCACCACAACUUUUCAGUGAUGAGAAUCCAAAUUCAUGUUGUAUUUUAUGA